CAGUCUUCUAGGCUAUUUGCUUGCAUGGCAAACUGAACGUGCCACUGUUAGGUUGUUGUAGUCAGUGCGUGUGUGUGUGUAUGUGUGGCCCGCCUCUCCUGGCUGUAACACACGGAAGAUUGUUCUUCUCAGAAUCAAUGGUUGAUGAAAAGAACCAAAAACUUUGGAACUCAAGAAUAUAUUUCUAAUAUCAUGCAUUUAGAGUUGCCUGACAUUCAGAUCUAAACCAGGAGGUGAAUAAAAGAAGAACAAUAAUACUUACAAUAACAGGAGUAAUUGUAGUGGACUGAAUACAGAAAUAAAUGCUAUAAUAAUAGGUGCCUUGGGAAUGGUUAAAAAAAAUCAACAGAAAUAAAUACCUAACCAAAACUAGUUUAUAUACAAAUAAAGAAAGUAUCACUACAAGGUACUGUACAUAUAUUACCUAAAGUACAGGCAAUACAAUAGAAAGUACAAAACCAAAACCAAGCACUGCAUUUACCCAACUCGCAGGGAAAGCAUGCAAUAAUAAUAAAACUGCUGGAAUAAUAAUAAUAAUAAUAAUAAUCAUAAUAAUAAUAAUAAUAUUGGAAAUUUUUGCUGCUGUGUGUUUAUGUAACACUCAGCUGCUUCACAAUGGAUUGCCAUAAGUCUGUCAACAGCAACAACAUAUGUCACAAGCCACAGAUUUGUCUGCAAGGACAAACUAUACUACCAGUGAUGACUGUUACCCCGAAUGUUACCCAUGGAAACUGUUUUAUACAACACCAACAACAUCAGCAACAACAAUGUCAGCAACAGCAAUGUCAGCAGCAACAUCAGCAACAACAUCAACACCAGCAGCAACAUCAACAGCAGCAACAGCAACAACAACAACAACACCAGCAGCAGCAUCAACAUCAGCAACAACAACAACAACCACCCCGUAUCAUGCAUACAGAUGUUAAAAUGUUUAAUCAAAUUAUCAAUUGUGAUGGCAGUUUGUCCACCAGUUCUCAGAAUGCACAGAGCAGCAAUCAAGAGACUUGUUGCAGGAGCUGCUCUUGUUCUAGCUCUGUCUGCAACAUAGACAAUUGCACUGAGGUGAGCAAUUGCAGUAGCAGUUGUAGCAGUAUGAUGGGUUGCACUGAAGCUUGCUCUGAAGGCAACAAAAUGCUUCCUGUUGAAGACAGCGAUGCCAACAAACGAUUCCAGUGUGAUUUCUGCAGCAAAAAAUUCACUCGCCGUGACACUCUACAAAUCCAUCGUAGGGUACACACUGGGGAAAGGCCAUUCAAGUGUGAUGUUUGCCCAAAGUCAUUUGCACAACGUGACAAACUUCAAAUCCAUAGGCGUAUACAUACAGGAGAGAAGCCGUACCAAUGUAGCUUUUGCCCCAAAAAUUUUGCUCGACGUGACACAUUGAAGAUUCACCUGCGGACCCACACUGGAGAGCGACCAUUUUAUUGCGUAGUUUGUGAAAAGAGUUUUGCACAAAGGGACCAGCUGCACAUUCACAAACGCACUCACACUGGAGAAAAGCCUUUCCAAUGUGAUAUAUGCAUCCAACGGUUUGCUCGACGAGACACAUUGCAGAUUCAUCGGCGAAUCCACACAGGCGAGAAACCAUUUGGCUGUGAAGUUUGUGGCAAGGUCUUUGCUCAAACAGGAAAACUUCAGCGGCACAAGCGAACUCAUAAGCAGCAAGAAAUGGAGAAAGUCAGCUUCCCUUCCACUCUACCUGUAAUGCAGGUUUGUAAUGCAGUGUGCCCAGAUGUGAAGGUGGAAGAGACAGAGUGUGCAACAGAAGCCACCGGUUAUGGAAAAGAGGAUACCUUGCAAAUGGCAGCUGCUCAGAACACUAAUAAAGAAUAUGAAAAUAAAGAAUAUAUUUCAAAGGAAUAUUCAACUGUAAACAGCAAUUUGUGGCAGUCACUCACUUCAACAAUCAUUGUACCAUCUUGAAAAAAACUUUAGAGAUGGUUUUGCUGAAAUAAUGGUACUGUUACUACUAUUAAUACUGGUACUGUUUGUUACUACUACUAAUACUGGUGAUGGGAUUAGAAAUUUGAUGAUGGUGGCAGCAGUGGAGAAACUGUUUUUUGUUACCUGUUUAUAAAUGCUUUUUUGUUUGUUUUUUGGAGGCGGAGGUGUUUUAUUUUUUUUAUGAAAAAUGUAAUUUUUACAUUCUGUUUUCAAUUUUUAAAAUGUAUUUUAUAUAAUCUUAGGAGUUACAAGAAAAAAAUUACAAAUUUCAAAAGACAAAAAAUUGUUUAAAAAAUUUGUUCAGCAAGUUUAUUGUGGAAAUUCAAGUAAGAACGAAAGAGCAACAGCUGGCUAAUUUGACAGGGUAACAAUCUACAAAACUUACAGAUUCGAUUGAUUUUUUUUUCAGUUACUAUUGCUCUGUCAUCUGUCUCAUAAAAAUUGCUUAUUUCUCAAUGGCUCAGUCCACAUAACAGAUACAAUGAGGAAGUUACACUUCAUAGCUAUAAGCAAUGUGAGCGUUAUUGAAGUGAUGAGUGUAUUGUUAUCUCGUGGAGUUAAGCUCAAAUCCUCCUCAUAGGCUUAGAGAAAAGACUACAGAAAACAGAACUCCACCACCUCCAGGUAUUCAUUUUUGAUUCACAAUAUAUGGUAUCCUAGAGAUCUGUUGUGAAACAUUUACAGAAAGCAAUGGAUUAUAUUAUUGAACGAAUGGGAAUUUUUUUUUUUCUAAAUAUAAAUCAAUACAUUUUUUUAGAUUCUGAA